AUGUCAGAAUAUUGUUUUAUUUGUACUCAUCUUUUAACUGAAAGUGAAACUGUAACUGUUGAUCGUGCAGCAGUUUUUCAUCCUCUUCCUCAUGUCCUACCACCUGAAAGUGGCACACUUAUUCAAUACGUUGCAGAUAAUGCUGAUAUAAAUGUUAAUACGCUAGAUGGUAACAAUUCACUCCACAUAAUGGGUAUAAUUCAAAUUGUAACUCCAAAGCACUCUGUUUUACUAGAAGAACCUAUGCAACGAAUAAAAGAAGUUCUUUCAGCAAAACACUUCAAAGCAAAAGCUCAUGUGCCAAUACAGAUCUAUCAGAAUAGUGAUGUAGUUGGUUACAGUAAAAUAUAUGUCCAAGAUUUUGGAUAUGGAACUGAAACAGUAUCUUUUCAUAAAAAUUCUGAUGUAGUAUGGUUUUAUGGAAAGUGGAAAAAUACAUCAUUACCUGGUUGGAACGGUUUUAUUGAGCGCUUAACAAAUUACCAUACAAAUUAUUCAAAAUCUCAGAUUACAUUUUUACCAUUCAUCCAUCAACCAGCUAGUAACUAUAAUACUGUCUAUACGACUUUACUUUGUGCAUUAGAGAACGCGAAACGUUACGGCCACACUGUAUGCAUCGUGACUUUCGACCAACCCUUGUAUGCGAAAGCUCGAGAAAUUGUAUCAGCCGCACCUGACGGCUCUGAAGUAUCGAAGAUUAUUGUCAGACUUGGAGGAUUUCAUCUACUCAUGUCUUAUCUCGGAGCAAUUGGUUAUAUUAUGCAAGGUAGCGGGAUAAAAGAAGUACUCUCAGAAAUCUAUGCACCAAAGUCAUUAGAAAAAAUGCUCAAUGGUCAUGCUUACGCAAGAGCUGUUCGAGCACAUACACUACUCCAGCUGGCUUUAGCAAUUACAAUAUUAAAAACAAUAGAUAUUAAUGAUAUCAUGGGAGCAGAUUUAAUCAUAAAUAUUGACCAUAUAUUAGAUAGCACUCUUUCAUAUUCAGAUAUUGAAAAUGAUAAUGAAGUAUCAGGUGCUUUACUUCAUAAAUUUAAUAUGAAAUUGAAAGAUUUUGAGGAACGAGGACCAACAGCGCAACUUUGGAUACAAUAUUUUAAUAUGGUUUCACUUGCAAAAGAAUUUUUGAGAGCUGAGCGUAUGGGGGACUGGAAAGCUCAUUUAAGUUGUGUAAAAGAAAUGUUACCUUAUUUCCACUCGUCAGGACAUUUUCCAUAUGCUAAAUCUGCACACUUGUAUUUACAAGACAUGAUGCAAUUACAGGACUCGAUGGAUCCUGAAGUUUACGAAAAAUUUACCGAAGGAUUUUUCACCGUGAGACGCUCAGAUAAAUUGAGUUGUGGAACUUCUACAGACAUGGUUAUCGAACAGUCUAUGAUGAAAGCCAUGAAGACAGAUGGAGGUAUUGCUCGAGGAAGAAGUACAAAACAAAGUGUAAUCAGUAAAUGGGUUUACAGCAUGCAUGCAAUGAACACAGUUUGUGAGAAAUUAGAAGAUCUUGCUAAUGUUAGGAUGGAUACGACUGAACAGCAUGUUGAUGCCAGUGAUUCACGUGUAAAAAAAGACGCUAAAGACAUACGAAUGCUUCUUGAGUGGUUCUCGAUUCAUGAUCCUUUCCCAGAGGUUAACAAAGUCAUCUCGAUUGCAAGUGGUGUCGUUGGUGAUAAUACAAUUAAUUGCUAUAAAGCACGUGAACUUGGGCUUAUCUCUAUUGCUAAAAUAACUGGACUGACAUUUAAAGAUAUUAAACUUAAACGCGCUGACAAAGUUGUUCCUCUUUUAGCUAUGAGUAGCACCGUAAAAGUUCACGAAGAAAAAGUACCUGUUGACCCAGUGUUAUUAUUCCAACGUAUGAGUGUUACUGCGGCUUUUCAAGAUGAAAUUGAGAAAUAUUUCGAGUAUGAAUUAGCUCCUUAUCCGUUAACAUUAUUUGAUGACAUUGGAAUGCGCAAGACCCAGAAGUCGGCUAUUUACGAUUGUUUUCAGACUAUAAAUGUUGAUAUUAAUAACACUAAUUCAACGUACAUAAUUGACGGAGGAUUCUUAUUACAUCGAGUGGUGUGGGAUAGCGAGGAAACAUUUAACGUUAUCUUAGAUAAAUACGUUCAAUAUGUACGUCGACAUUUUGGUUCCAGAGUUACUGUCGUAUUUGACGGAUAUGAUGAUUAUACGAGAAAUAUUAAAGCAGCAGAGCAACGCCGUCGAAAUGCUGCUUCAUCAACUUCUUCUGAUAUUAUAUUCGAUGAAUCAAUGACAGUUCCUACCAGUCAACAGAAAUUCUUUGCAAAUAAUCACAAUAAAUCUAGAAAAGUUGGACUGUUUUGUUCCCUGGCAUGCACACACUGUCAAGGCCGAUCAUGCUCGAAUGUUGAGUCACCAACUCUUGAAGAUUCGUUUGAUACCGAUCAGGAAUCGCUAUUGGGGCAGUUUACGUGUGAAAUAGAACAAGAAGAAGAAGAAGAACAAGAGGAUGAACAGGAAGAAGAAGGAGAAGAAGAUCAAGAAGAAGAAGAAACAGAAAUCUUGGACAGUUAUGAAUCAGACGACUAA